AUGUCUAUAACAGAUUUGAAAGAAGAAAUCGAUGACGUGCCAUCCGUAGACCCAGUCGUUUCAGAAACAGUCAAUUCUGCUCUAGAACAGUUGCAGCUAGAUGAUCCAGAAGAACCCGCCAUUUCCAACAUAUUUUCGAAUGAAGCGCCACAAAGUUCUCAAUUUGUCAACGGUCCUCCAUCUCAAAUGUUCCCUCAUCCCCAAAUGAUGGGUGGGAUGAGCUUUAUGCCUUAUUCUCAAAUGAUGCAAGUCCCUCAUAAUCACGGUCCUUUUUUCCCACCUCCUGACUUCAACGAUCCUACUGCACCAUUGAACAACUCGUCUUUGAAUGCAGGUGCCCCACCAAUGUUAUUCAACAAUGACUCUCUCCCUUUCCAAAUGCUCUCUUCUGGUGCAACUGCAACAGCAGCAGGAGGACAGGCUUUAAAUACAUUGACUAAUGAAAGCUCAAUGAAAGUACUACCUAACACUUCUGCCGAUCCGUUAUGGAUUCCUGCAAACGUUCUAGGCUCUGCGUCUGUGGCCAUUGAAGAAACUACCGCUACUCUGCAAGAGAGCAUUCCAUCUAAGAAUGCGGCAUCCAAUAAUAAGACUAGUUCUUUCAGGAGACAAACCUUUCAUGCUUUGUCACCAACAGACCUUAUUAAUGCAGCCAACAAUGUGACCUUGUCAAAGGAUUUUCAAGCUGAUAUGCAAAAAAUUUCCAAGGCCAAUAAGCCAUUUGUAGGAGCUAAUAAUACUGCAAAGACUAGAACUCAAUCUAUUUCGUUUGACAAUACGCCUUCCUCUACUUCAUUCAUUCCCUCAACUGACAGUGUUUCCGAAAAAUUAUCUGGCUUCAAAAUCGAGGAAACCCACAAGGAGGAUUUGAUUGGAAAAGCCACAUCAAGUAAAAAGGAAAGUAGUCCUACGACUUAUGCAGCAGCAUACCCUUAUGGGGGCCCCUUACUUCAACCAAAUCCUAUUAUGCCAGGCCACCCACAUAAUAUAUCUUCACCUAUGUAUGGCAUUAGAUCACCUUUCCCUAAUUCAUAUGAGAUAGGUGCACAGUUUCAACCUUUUUCUCCGAUCCUAAAUCCUGCGAGCCACUCACUAAAUCCAAACUCUCCGGUUCCUUUAAAUCAUUCACCAAUUCAUCUAGGUCCGGUUUUAAACCCUAAUUCGCAGUCAGUUGCCUUUUCAGAUAUCAAAGAUAAUAAUGGUAAACCUAUAACUGGUAACGACAAGAUCGGUCCAAUGAACCCUAAUCUUGGACCAUCCAUGCAACCGUUCCACAUGUUGCCUCCUCAACAAAACACCCCACCUCCUCCUUGGUUAUAUGGAACACCUCCUCCCUUUAACACAAUGGUCCCUCCUCAUUUAUUAGCCCAAAAUCAUAUGUCACUAAUGAAUAACGUCAAUAAUAAACAUCAUAACCGUAAUAAUAACAUAUCAAGUCAUAACCAUAACGACAAUAGUGGUAAUUCCAAUUACAAUAAUAAAGAUGGAAGCCGUUCCAACGCUGGUAAGAUGAAAAACACGAAAAGCGGUUACCAUGGCUAUUAUAGUAACAACAAUAAUAACAAUAAUAGCAAUAAUAAUAACAAUAGUAAUAAUAAUGGCAAUAAUAAUAAUAAUAACAGCAGCAGCAACAAUGUGGAAAAGCAGCGGAAAAUCGAGGAUUCUUCAAGAUUUGCAGACGCUGUGUUAGACCAAUAUAUUGGGAAUAUUCAUUCGUUGUGUAAAGAUCAGCAUGGAUGUCGUUUUCUGCAAAAGCAAUUGGACGUUCUCGGUAGUAAAGCAGCAGAUGCUAUUUUUGAAGAAACCAAGGAGUAUACCGUCGAAUUGAUGACUGAUUCAUUUGGUAACUAUUUGAUUCAAAAGUUAUUAGAAGAAGUUACCACAGAACAGAGAAUUGUACUCACGAAGAUAUCUUCCCCUCAUUUUGUUGAGAUUUCUUUGAAUCCUCAUGGUACAAGAGCAUUACAGAAGUUAAUUGAAUGUAUCAAGACAUAUGAAGAAGCACAGAUUGUUGUUGAUUCCUUACGUCCUUACACUGUUCAAUUGAGCAAAGAUUUAAAUGGUAACCAUGUCAUUCAAAAAUGUUUGCAAAGGUUGAAACCCGAAAAUUUUCAGUUCAUUUUUGAUGCAAUCUGUGAUAACUGUAUUGAUAUUGCCACUCAUAGACAUGGAUGUUGCGUUUUGCAACGCUGUUUGGAUCAUGGAACCAGGGAGCAAUGUGAAACUUUGUGUAAUAAAUUGCUGACCCUUGUUGAUAAAUUAACUUUAGAUCCAUUUGGUAAUUACGUGGUUCAGUAUAUAAUUACCAAAGAAUCCGAAAGAAAGAAAUAUGAUUACACGCACAAAAUUGUUCACCUAUUGAAGCCAAAGGCUAUUGAACUUUCUAUCCAUAAAUUUGGAUCAAAUGUUAUUGAAAAAAUUUUAAAGACGCCUAUUGUUUCAGAACCAAUGAUUCUGGAAAUUUUAAAUAAUGGUGGCGAAACAGGCAUUCAAUCAUUGUUGAAUGACAGUUACGGUAAUUAUGUUCUACAAACAGCAUUGGACAUUUCUCAUAAACAAAAUGAUUAUCUUUAUAAAAGGUUAUCAGAUAUUGUGGCACCUUUACUAGUAGGUCCUAUAAGAAAUACACCUCAUGGUAAAAGAAUCAUUGGAAUGUUACAUUUAGAUUCAUGA